UGUGUCCAUGCGGUUCCGGGUGUACGUUUUGGUUCUCCCUUCCCGGAGAAACUGAGGCUCGGAUCCGAGGCGACCGCCCGAAACGCACAGGACACCUGGCCUCUGGUCAUUGGCAUUUUCCCCGAAACCCCCAAUUUUCCGGCAAGGGAUUAACCUAGGGGACAUUUAGGACUGGAGUGGGUGGGGCGGUGAGGGUUCCUGUUUGGUGUUUCAGGUGAGGACGUUCAAACUCUGAGGACAAGUUCUCGCUGUUCGGCUGCAUCGGAGCGCAGCUCUGAGCCGUGAGAUCUUGUGGAGCUGAAAUGACCCACUCUUUGGUUUGUGCAGACACAGUGAGCAGGGUGAGUUCGGUGCUGAAUCGCAACACGCGACAGUUUGGAAAGAAGCAUCUGUUCGACCAGAACGAGGAGACGUGCUGGAACUCGGACCAGGGCCCCUUCCAGUGGGUGAUACUAGAGUUUCCUCAGCGCAUCCGUGUCUCCCAGCUGCAGAUCCAGUUCCAGGGGGGCUUCUCCAGUCGCCGGGGCUGCCUGGAAGGUUCUCUGGAGAAAGAGGCUCUCAGUAAGAUUGUGGACUUCUACCCUGAGGACAACAACUCAAUUCAGACCUUCCCUGUGCCAGCUGCUGAGGUAGAUCAGCUAAAGGUAACAUUUGAGGAUGCCACUGACUUUUUUGGCCGUGUGGUUAUCUACCACUUGCGAGUGCUGGGGGAGAAGAUAUGAAGCCAGGGGGCAGCUGCCCCCUCCAGGAAACCCUCAUGGAAGCACAGCAAAGUCUUUCCAAGUUCUG